AUGUUUUCCACAAAGGCAAUUUCACUGCGGGCUCUGUCCCGCGCGCCGUGCCGGGCCAGAUGUCCAGCAGCGAGACGGUAUGCGACGAACUAUGAUCAGCGCACCCAGGAAACGCUAAAGACUUCAUCGCGAUUGACGUGGCUUACUACAGCCGCCGCUAUCGGCGCCGCAACUCUCUACUACACCACGACCUCUUCUCCCACCUCUCCGGCCCCUCCAGCCUCCACACAACCAGUGCACCGCCACGAAUCCGCCCAAGCUUCCUCCGACGCCCCGAAGCCCGUUGAAGACCGCCAUGGCGAUACUGUCGCUAAACACAGCAUCGCAGCGCACAAGAACCAGAACAAAGUGCGCGAGGGCAAGUUCUCUGGCAAGGAGUUCGAUAAUCACGUGCAGACGCAUUCGCCAGGGAACCCUGAAGGCGAUUUUGAAAAGAAACAGUAG